UGGCAGGACGUGCGCCCGGCGGGAGGAUCGCGGUGCCAGGGGCUACCCACGUGACUCGUUCCCCGUCCGCGUCCCCUACCCCCAGGUCUGCAAGGGGAGGCCGGAGGAGUGACUCGGGGGCCGGACUGCGGGGCGGGGCUGCUGCCUGCGACUCCAGUUAGCAACCUGAGCCCGAGCUCGAGGACGCCGUCUCUCGCCGCGGUCCGAAGUCGAAGCGCCGCGAUGGGCCGGGCAAGCGGGCCAGCCACCCCGCUGCCGCUUCUGCUCCUCUCUCUGCUCCUGUUGCCGCCGCCUCCGACGCGGGCUCUCAGCCCCAGGAUCAGCCUGCCGCUGGGCUCCAAAGAUCGGCCGAUCCUCAAAUUUGAAGGUGAAAACAUCUCUAACUACACAGCUCUUCUGCUGAGCAAAGAUGGCAAGACUCUGUACGUUGGUGCCCGGGAGGCCCUCUUUGCACUCAACACCAGCCUCAGUUUCUGGCCAGGCGGGAAAUAUCAGGAGCUGCUGUGGAGUGCAGAUGCAGAGAGGAAGCAACAGUGCAGCUUCAAGGGCAAGGACCCAAAGCGUGACUGUCAAAAUUACAUCAAGAUCCUCCUGCCACUCAACAGCAGCCACCUGUUCACCUGUGGCACAGCAGCCUUCAGCCCUCUGUGCACCUACAUUAAUGUGGAAAACUUCACUCUGGCACGGGAUGAGAUGGGAAAUGUCCUCCAGGAAGAUGGCAAGGGCCGUUGUCCUUUUGACCCCAAUUUCAAGUCCACUGCCCUGGUGGUUGAUGGUGAGCUCUACACUGGAACAGUCAGCAGCUUCCAGGGUAAUGACCCGGCCAUUUCCCGGAGCCAAAGCCUCCGCCCCACCAAGACCGAGAGCUCCCUCAACUGGCUACAAGACCCUGCAUUUGUGGCUUCAGCCUACAUUCCAGAGAGGCUGGGCAGCUUGCAAGGUGAUGAUGAUAAGAUCUACUUCUUCUUCAGUGAGACUGGGCAGGAGUUUGAGUUCUUUGAGAACACCAUCGUGUCCCGCGUCGCCCGCAUCUGCAAGGGCGAUGAGGGUGGUGAGCGAGUGCUGCAGCAGCGCUGGACAUCCUUCCUUAAAGCACAGCUGCUAUGCUCCCGGCCUGAUGACGGCUUCCCAUUCAAUGUGCUACAGGACGUCUUCACGCUGAGCCCCAGUCCCCAGGACUGGCGUGACACUCUUUUCUAUGGGGUCUUUACUUCCCAGUGGAACAGGGGGGCCACAGAAGGCUCUGCCCUCUGUGUCUUCACCAUGGACGAUGUGCAGAAAGCCUUCAAUGGCCUCUACAAGGAGGUGAAUCGAGAAACCCAGCAGUGGUACACUGUGACCCACCCGGUGCCCACACCCCGGCCUGGAGCGUGUAUCACCAAUAGUGCCCGGGAACGGAAGAUCAGCUCGUCCUUGCAGCUUCCAGACCGUGUGCUCAACUUCCUCAAGGACCACUUUCUGAUGGACGGGCAGGUCCGCAGUCGCCUGCUGCUGCUGCAGCCACAAGCCCGCUACCAGCGUGUGGCUGUGCACCGGGUCCCUGGCCUGCACCGCACCUAUGAUGUCCUCUUCUUAGGCACUGGUGAUGGAUGGCUGCACAAGGCAGUAGAUGUGGGCUCAAGGGUGCACAUCAUCGAGGAGCUCCAGAUCUUCUCGUCAGGACAGCCUGUGCAGAACCUGCUCCUGGAUAGCCACAGAGGGCUUCUGUAUGCUGCUUCCCACUCGGGUGUAGUCCAGGUGCCUGUGGCCAAUUGCAGCCUAUACCGGAGCUGUGGGGACUGCCUUCUUGCCCGAGACCCCUACUGUGCUUGGAGUGGCUCCAGCUGCAAACAUAUCAGCCUCUACAAUCCUGAGCUGGACUUCAAGCCAUGGAUCCAGGACAUCGAGGGGGCCAAUGCCAAGGAGCUCUGCAACACUUCCUCAGCUAGGCCCCGGUCUUUUGUACCACCAGCCAAGAAGUCCUGUGAGCAAGUUCAGUUCCAGCCCAACACAGUGAACACCUUGGCCUGCCCACUCCUCUCCAACCUGGCCACACGGCUCUGGCUGCACAACGGAGCCACUGUCAAUGCCUCUGCCUCCUGCCGUGUGUUGCCCACUGGGGACUUGCUCUUGGUGGGCAGCCAGCAGGAGCUGGGGGUGUUCCAGUGCUGGUCACUGGAGGAAGGCUUCCAGCAGCUAGUGGCCAGCUACUGCCCAGAAGUGGUGGAGAAUGGGGUGGUGGAACGAACAGACCGGGGCGGCAGUGUGCCUGUCGUUAUCAACACAUCGAGAGUGAGUGCGCCAGCUGGUGACAAGUCCACCUGGGGUGCAGACAAGUCCUACUGGAAUGAGUUCCUGGUGAUGUGCGCACUGUUUGGGCUCGCCGUGGUACUUCUGUUUUUAUUCUUCCUCUACCGGCACCGGGAUGGCAUGAAAGUUUUCCUGAAACAGGGGGAGCGUGCCAGUGUGCACCCCAAGACUCGACCUGUGGUGCUGCCACCUGAGAACCGACCACUCAAUGGCGUAGGUCCUCCUAGCACUCCACUGGACCACCGAGGGUACCAGGCCUUGUCAGAUAGCUCCCCAGGGCCUCGGGUCUUCACUGAGUCAGAGAAGAGACCACUCAGCAUCCAGGACAGCUUCGUGGAGGUGUCCCCUGUGUGCCCUCGGCCCCGGGUCCGCCUGGGCUCUGAGAUCCGGGACUCUGUGGUAUGACAGCUGACUUCUAGAUGAGGCUUCCCUGGCUUCAGAGGCUGUGAAUGCUCAGAAGGGGGUCACUAGGCCUCCAUUUCUCAUGGAACCCAACCAGGGUUCCUUGCACUUGGGAGCCUUGGAGUUAGCUGGCCUGCUGCUCUUCAACCAAGUCUUACAGCCCGGCAAGCUAUAAGAGGGCUGCCCUCCAGGGCCCAGUGGGGCCUGCCUAGGUGGGCAGAACAGUGCUCCUAAGUAAACUGAGCCUUUGGUUUAAAAAGACAACUGAAAAUGUGAAUCCAGAUGGGAAAGAGAGAGAACAUGGACAUGCCAUGUCACAGACACACGGUUUCUACCUUCACGGCCUCCCAGAUUCUUGGGACUUUUAUUCAAAGUGGUUGUGUGAGACAGAGUUGGAAAUCCCUGCCCAGUUGGUAUCCUCUACCUUCUGCCUAUCCUCCUGCCAUAGGCUUCCCUUCUCCCUGCAGAGCUAGGGGCUAGCUUGGGCUCUGAGGGUCCUUGAAUUGCCUGGUUGAGGAUAUAGCUGUGCCGCCAUCACCCCACCACUCAGGGACCAGAGGGCCAGGCUGGCUCUGCAGCCCUCCUUAGGCCCUGGGCUCAGACCCAGCUCCUGGGCCUUCUUGCCCAUGUCAGGCUGUGGCCACGUAAGAGAAGGAGCAUGAGCCUGGGAGAGAUUGUGACAAUGUACACAUUUCCAUUGGAAUUCAAGGAAGGAAGAAACCGUUGCCUGCCUUCAUCCCAGUCAGAGAGACAACUCUUGUGUCCCUUUCACCAUCUCAGCCCCAUUUAUGAACUUAAGCACAGGGUGGAAUUGACUGUAUCCCAGCUUCUUCUCAUCCCAGUUGACCUUCACACCCCGCCUGACUCCACACUAAGGGAUACCCAUACUGACACUGCCCAGCACAGGGCCUUGAAUUUACAUGGGUUUUAUAUAUAUAUAUUUUUUAAUAAGA